AUGUCCUUCACGGACUGUUUACCUGGAUUUAGGUCCGAGAUUUCGUUCUACGAUACCCAAGGUAACUGGCCAAGGAAGUUUGUCGACGGCAACCGUGUCACGCUCAAAGCCUUUCUAGGUGAAGGCAGGGGCAUCGAUAUAUUCGGCCAAUUGCCUUCGAGUAUCGGGGAUCGCUGGCGACAGAUGUACGUUUCCCAACCUCCGCCAAAGCAGAUGGAAUUCUGGGCGAGCUGCUGCGAUCACGGAUGGCAUCGUAGGCCGGUGCCACCGAGAGAGACGAUCGAGAACAAUACCGGGCUUACUGUGGGCGACCUUUACGACAGAGCCAAAGAGGUCAUCGCUAAACAUCGUCGUUGUCCCCAAGCAUUAGAAUAUGGUCAUGUUGAGGACACUGGCGAGGUACGUGUAGGUGUAUGCUUCGCGGCGGAGGUCGAGCUCGAUGCCGAGGACCCAGUACUGGAGCAGAAGAAGCAGUUUGUCAAGAAGUCAGACGACAGGAACAACGCUAGGAGCUCUUGGACAACGCGACUAGGAGCAUACACUGCCGCUAAGCAGGCGGCGGCGGCCAAUGGCACAUCAAUACCAACACUGGAGGAGUUCGAAGCUUCUCGGCGCCAGACGAGCGUGUAG